CUUUAAAUUUUAUCAAAAAUUUCAGAUAUUUUUAAAGAAAUUGUCAAAUCAAGAUGGAUAAAUAUUGUGGAUUAAGAACAAGACUGGAGGGGGGAGCAGGGUAUAUACCUGUACCUCUAGUAGGCGUUGAAAUCACCAGCAGGCUGGUCAACUUUACUGCAGAGGUCACUGUACUGCAGAGGUACACCAACAAGGAGGAAAAUCCAAUAGAGUGUGAAUACUUCUUUCCCAUUGAGGAGGAGUCCGCCGUGGUCGGGUUCAGGGCGGAGAUAGAUGACAGGGUUCUAGUCUCACAGGUUAAGAAGAGUACUGAAGCUAAAGAUGAUUAUGACGAAGCUGUAUCAGAGGGUAGAACUGCUUUCCUCAUGGAGUCCACACGACCUGACAUCCUUCAGAUCUCUGUCGGUCAUCUAGCUCCAGGGUCUACCUGCUCUGUCUCUAUCACCUAUAUCUCCGAGGUGCCCCUGGAGACAGGGAGAGCAAGGUUAACUAUCCCAACUACAAUAUCUCCAAAGUAUAUUCCCUUCAAGGAUGGUUCUGAGGAAGCUAAGCGUAUAGCAUCAAUACAAUAUGAUUUCAAGAGCCCAGCUAAACUCCUCUUCAAGCUAAACACAACUAUGAAGAGUAGGAUUGAGAAGGUUACUAGUCCUAGUCAUGAAAUUAACACUACUGGAGGUAAGGAGGUGGUUGAAGAAGGAUUCUAUACUACUGAAACUACUCUUGAAUCUACAACUGUAGAUCUAGACCGGGAUAUAAUUAUACUAGUAGAGUGUGAGGAUCCAAACAAAUCUAUCAUUUUCAUAGAGGAGACAGAUGAAUCCAAGGUAAUGAUGGUUUCUCUUGUUCCUAAGCUGGAGGUGAACACCAAGCCUGAUCUAGAUAUUGUAUUCCUUAUUGACUGCUCAGGGUCCAUGAUGGGGAGCAGUAUACAGCUAGCCAAGGAGGCAAUCAACAUACUUCUACACUCUCUCCCAGCCUCGGUACACUUUAAUAUCAUCAGGUUUGGAAGCAGUUAUCAGAUGCUCUUCCCAGAGAGCAGAAAGUAUUCUGAUCAAUCCUUGAGAGAAGCUAAGUUAGCUAUGUCUAAGCUUGAAGCAGAUUUAGGUGGGACUGAGAUUUUAUCUCCACUCUGUGCCCUUCUAGAGGAGAAGACAAAGGUUCCCAGAAGAAUAUUUAUUCUGACGGACGGAUCUGUUUCCAACAGCUCCGAGUGUAUCAAGGUUACAAGGAAGAACAACAAGAAUAACCGUGUGUUUACUCUAGGUAUAGGUUCAGGUGCUGAUCGACAUCUAGUCAAGGGUUUAGCUAGAUCUGGUCUAGGAACCUCAGUGUUUACAGUUGAAGGUGAGAUUAUGGCUCCUAAGAUCAUUAAACAAUUGAAGAACUGUCUUCAACCCAGUUUUGAGAAUGCUGAGAUUAACUGGGGAGAUGAGGUUGGUCCAGGGAAUUCAUGUCAGGCUCCCUCCCUCCUUCCUCCUAUCUAUGAUGGUACGCGGAUACAAGUAUUCCGCUUGCUUGAGAAGAAUGUAAGUCUGCCUGCUCUAGUCAAGAUUAGUGCGGAAAUUCCUUCUUCUAACUCCACUUAUUCAGAGGAGAUGAAGGUUGAGACAAACCUUAUGAAGGACUCCUUGCUCCACAAGAUGUUUGGAAGGAAGAUGAUCCAGGAACUGGAGGAGAACUAUGAUGAAAAGGAGGAGGGGGAAAUAAAAAAUCUUGUCAUUGAUCUAUCCUUAAAAUAUCAGAUUAUGUCAAAGUACACUUCUUUUAUAGCUGUAGAUACCAAGGAAAAAAAGGAAGGGAAAAUGGUGAAACGACAUGUUGCAAACCAAGUCCCAUUUGGGUUUGCCUUUGGAGGCCCACAAGUCAUGAUGUGCAACUCAAUGUUUAAACGAGGUGGUGGUGGGUUUGGAGCACCAAUGGCGGCCCCUAUGAUGGCCAUGGCGGCACCUCCGAUGAUGGCCAUGGCACCCCCUAUGAUGGCUAAGGUUGCGGCACCCGGUGGUAUGAACAAAGGAUUCUGUUUUGGUGCUGCAGCCCCUCCACCACAACAGUUUCAAAGAACCUCGCUUGAUUCUGCAUCCUUCGGAGGAUUCGAAAGUGCAGGAGCUAGUUUUGGUUCUGCUGCACCUGCAUACGCUAUGAAGGAGUCUGUUGAAACUAUUGAUAGUUCCGACUUUAUAGAAACAGACCCAGAGAAAAGAAAAAUGCAGAUCCUUCUCCAACUAAUUGCUCUACAAACAGCUGAAGGAUCGUUCUCUAAGGAUAAAUCAAUCUUCUCCCUGUGUGGGCUGAAAGAGGAGGAGUUGGAGAAGGUUCAAGGAAACCUGGAGGAGAAGGUUUUCUACACUAACCUUCUCCUCCUGCUCCUUGAAGUACGGUUCCCUGAUCUCAAGGACUGUUGGGAGAUGGUGUCAGAGAAGGGAAACCUCUGGCUCCAGGACAAAUCUGUACCAGAUACACUCAAACAAAACCUAAUCCAAAUUUUGAAGAAUUAAGCCUAACACCAAAGAAAUUUUAUAGAGUAACAAUUCUAAAAACAUUCCUAAAAAUAGAUUUUCCAUAAUUUUAGCUAAAAUCCAAGCUAAAUUUAUUGCUAAUGAAUAAUGUGAAUUUACAAUAUAUAUAUUUGUUGGAUUUUCUGGUUUUGCAUGAAAUAACGUUUUGAUUUGUAAUGAUUUUUUAAUAAGCAAAAAGUUUAAAAUAAAUUUUUGAAUUAAA